AUGAUUGCAUUGCCAGAAGCAAUUGGUGCGCCAACACCAGAGCUUCCUUCCCCUCAAUUGUUUGACCUUCAAGGCCAAAAUGUUUUGAUCACUGGGGGGAAUCGCGGGAUAGGUCUUGCUAUUGGUAUAGCUCUCGCAGAAGCAGGAGCAGCGAUAUGCUUCGUCCAGCGAGACAUCGCAGACACAUCAGCAGCGGACACGGUCCGGGCCAAAGGCGGUGAGGCCCAUAUCGUGCAUUGCAAUCUGAUCGACAUGGAGCAGGUGAAGACGGUCUUUGAGAGGGCACUCACUGUCAUGGGCGGCGAAAUCCAUGUCUUGGUCAACUGCGCCGGUGUCAUCACAAGAGAGCCUUCCCUAAGUCUGACGGAGAAGGAGUGGGACCGAGUCACGGAUACCAACAUUAAGAGCCUUUUCCUUCUCUGCCAAAGUGCGGGCAAGCACAUGAUCCCUCUCCGACGUGGCAAGAUCAUCAACGUUUCGUCCAUCAUGGAUACAAUAGGGGGAGAAGGCAUCAUCGCCUAUUCAGCCUCCAAGGGAGGUGUCCGACAACUGACCAAAGCCCUAAGCAAUGAGUGGAGCAGAUAUAAUGUGCAGGUUAAUGCAAUUGCUCCGGGUUUCACAGAGACCGAUAUGUAUGCCCCCCUCACUCUAUGCAUUCAGGACGAUAUCCGCCUAACUUGA